UUGGGGGGGGUGUUCCCUGCACAUGGCUGCUAAGGGGGUCCGUGAUGGAGCCUGUGCUGAGUAUGACUAUGGUACAGCUAUGCAGGCUCUGGGUUCCUUUCGUCUCCUCCAUGCUCUGAGUGUUGUGUUCUUAGUGACCAGAGAGAAGGAGUUGCAAAUUUACAAGAAAAAGGAAAAAAAAACAUUCCGCUCAGCUUGUGUUGUGAGUGGGAGGGAGCAAUGGAGCCGUUCCCGAGCGCACAAAUGCAGGCAAAGGCGGACACGGCACCUGCGUGCUUAGCAGAGCCGGCUCUGCUGCUGGGGACACGGGCAGCAGCACAACGGAGGGCAGGGGCAGCUCCUGACAUCGCCCCCUGCCAACACCCCCCAGGCAGCGCUGCUCUGCUGUAUCUGCCCGCAGCCGGUUGCCCUGGAAGCUCCGUUGGUAUUUUUGGCGCUGUUCCCCCCGAGGAUCCCCGCGCAGCCACGAGCAUCCUCAGAGCGGGGCCGGGCUGCGAGCGGGAGCAGCUCCGGGAUGAGCUCCGUGCUGUGCUGCUGGGGAUGAGCUGCCAGAGCAACGAGGAGGCGCGUGUUGCAUUCUUAGGAGCCAUAACCUACUACUAGAGGAGGCUUUACUCAAGUGCUGUCACACCUUGACCAUGAACGGGUACCUGAAUGAGUCCAGUUUCAUGAUGGUGGAGGAGGGUUUCACCAGCAGGGACCUCCUGGAGAGCACCCUGGUGGAGCUGUGCCGGACGGGUGAGCGACAAGCCUUUUUCGUGGCCGACCUCGGGGACAUUGUGAAGAAACACCUGCUCUUCCUGAAGGCCUUGCCCCGUGUGAAGCCCUACUUCCCUGUCAAGUGCAACAGCAGCGGGGGGGUGAUGCGGCUGCUGGCUGAGCUGGGAGCAGGCUUUGCCUGUGCCAACAAGACAGAGAUUGCAGAAGUUCAAAGCAUUGGGGUCCCUGCUGAUAAGAUUUUCUACAGCAGCCCUUGCAAGCAGGUCGCCCACAUCAGAUAUGCAGCCAGCUGUGGUGUGCAGCUCAUGACCUUCGACAACGAGGUGGAGCUGGGCAAGGUGGCCCGGAGCCACCCACAAGCCAGGAUGCUUUUGGGUAUUGCUGCUGACUCCAGCCCCUCUGCCCAUCCAAGCAUGAUGUUUGGGGCCACGCUCAAGUCCUGCCGACGCCUGCUGGAGUCAGCAAAGGAGCAAGAUGUGGAGGUUGUUGGUGUCAGCUUUCACCCUGGGGGACACGGCCUGGAGCCCCAGGUUUUUGCCCAGGCUGUUGCAGAGGCGCAGCUGGUGUUUGACGUGGGCGCGGAGCUGGGCUAUCGAAUGCACCUCCUGGACAUCGGAGGGGGGUUUCCUGGCACCGAGGACUCCAGAGCCCAGUUUGAGGAGAUUGCUGCUGUGAUAAACUCUGCCCUGGACACGUAUUUCCCAGAAGGAUGUGGGGUGCAGAUUGUUGCAACCCCGGGGCGAUACUACGUGACCUCAGCCUUCACCUUUGCAGCCAGUAUCACCAGCAAGGAAGAGGUUCCCGUGGAGCAGCCGGGCUCUGAUGGGGAAGAGUCUGGCAGCAAGAAGAGCCUCGUCUAUCACCUCAGCGAUGGCAUCUAUGGCACCUUCAGCUCUGUCCUGUUUGACGGUCCCUGCCCCAAACCUCUGCUGCACAAGAAGCCCUGCCCGGAGCAGCGCUUGUGCAGCAGCAGCCUCAGGGGUCCCCUGGGCCAUGCAGAGGACCAGAUUACAGAUGAUGUGGAGCUGCCUGAGCUGCAGGACGGGGACUGGCUGAUCUUCCAGGACAUGGGUGCCUACACCAUUGCGACGUCGUCCCUGUGCGGUGGGUGUCCCCGGCCACACGUCACCUAUGCCAUGUCCCGCCUGGCCUGGAAAGCCGUCCAGCUCCUGCAGGGGAAGCUGCCAGCAGCAGAUGACCAUGAGAGCAGCUGCACCCCGCUGUCCUGCGGAUGGGAGAUGGUGGAGUCCCUCUGUGUCCCCCCAGUCUUCACCCCAGCCGGCAUCAUCUGAGCAGGGGGAGCCCACGCCAUCACCCCGCUCCCCUGGGGCUGCAGGCAGAGCUCAGCACGGCGCAGUCCUGUUCCUCCUGCUCGUACAGUGCUGUGUGUUAUGGUAAUAAAUGGGUGUUGAACCUGG